CAAAAGUAGCAGCCAAACUCAAACUGUCAGUGUGUGUGAGGAAAAAUCUCCCAAACAUGAAGAACGGAGGACAUCGAGAUCAUGCUGGAGAGGAGAUGAUCCUGUGAUAGACUGCAGUCACACGAGUGUUUGUGUUUAAUUGUGUGUCACGCCUGAUUCGUGUGUGUGUGUGUGGAUGAGACGCGACUUUCACGGAUCUGCGCGUGUCUGCAGAAGAGGGUUUCUUCAGUCAUGGCAGAAACCGACAUCGACAAAUCUCACCUGCCCGGUGUUUAUGACGUGUGCCAAUGUUUCUCUGUGUUAGAGGACGGUGCUUUGGCUCACAGUCUUCAAGAGCAGGAAAUUGAGCAGUUCUACAGCACCAACAUCCAGAAGAACCAGGCGGUGCAGAACGAUGUUCGUUUGGCCCGGAGGCUGCAGGAGGAAGAGGAACAGCGAUCAAUUCUCCACCAAGACCUGCGGCAGCUGGAGGAAGAGGACUGCAGAUACGCACAGAUGAUCCAAGAGGAGCUCCAGAGGUGUGGGGAGGAUGCCAGGAGGCGAGAGAAAGAGGAUGAGGAAAUCGCUAAACAGCUACAGGAAGAAGAAGAAAUGGAGAUGAGACGGCAGAGGGUUGCUGCUGGUUACAAUGACACUGACUGUGUUUCUCCACUCUGUGAAGGUUUGGGAGUCUGGGAGCAGGUGCUUCAGGACGCUGAGCUGGCCCGUAGACUUCAGGAGGAAGAGGAUACGCUGCCUCACAGAGAGCAGUUUCCUCAGAGCUCUGGAUCAGAGGUGGAUUUCAUUGCGGCCCAAGUAGCUCAAGAUGAGGAGAUCGCCCACUAUAUGCAGCGCCAUCAGAGAAGAGUCAAAAACCGGCCACAAGACCUAGAGAUCCAGACCAGACCUCCUGAACCAAGAGAUGAAGGAAACACCACAACCAGGAAGUCUCUUCAGAUGUUGCGUGAGAGGCUGAACUCAGACGGACUGCAUUCACCUGUGGAAGAGGAAGACUAUUCCAUAGAAAGCCAUCUAGCAAGCCCAUCAUGCACUGCGCUCCGAAACCAACACAUACACAAUAUUGCCGAAGAACUGGACCCAACGUUCAAGGCUAGGAAGCGUGAGAGCCAAACUUCCACCAGCCCCCCAUCAGCAGGUCUAUGUUUAGCCCCUCGUAACCCGCACAGCAUCUUUUAUGACUAUUUACCAGAACCCACCUUCAUACCACCAACUAAAAGGCAGAGCGACAAAGCAGGACGUCACAAAGCCAAAGACAAGAAAGAGAACUGUAAACAGCAGUGAACAUGUGACUAACUUACUGUAGUGUUGUCUUUUGAGUGUCUAAACAAGUAUUGUAGAAUCCAAUUUAUGGACACAGAUUAAACUCUUAGACUGAGUAACAAUUCAUGGUUUCAUCAUGUUGUUGUAUGGCAUCACACAACAUGACGGCACCAAGGGAGAUGUACGUAAUUUAAGAUAAGCACUUACUUUUAAACUAUUAAAAUACACAGAAGCAAAGUUCCUUCAUUAUAUGAUGAUUAAAAACCUGUUUUAAAGGUAGGGUAAGUGAUUUCGGAGAGGCUAGCAAUAGCAAGCUAGCUUUGAAAGCAUAAGAUCCCACCCUUCCUGCAAAUCAUUCUCCAGAGCCACGCCACCUCCAAAACACAUGACACUAUGAGAGAUGGCACUGGUGGAGGGUUCAAUGCAUAAUAUUACAAUAAUAACACCUUUCAUCCUCGGUUGAUCUGCAGUAGCGCAAUGUAACACGCUGAUGACGUAUCUUGUCUGCGCAAACGUGCGUGGAGGUAUGCAAAUACAUACGUUGAUAGGCAGGUAGGACAGCCUAUAGGAGCCCUCGGACCGAGGAAUAUGAUUGGACAAACAUUUUAUGGUCCUACUCCUUCCACAGACAAUAUA